AUGUCCGCGCCCGUCUCGCAGCCCGUCAUGGCGUACCAGUUCUCGUACCCCAGCGAGACGUCCAACGGCGACGCGAUCAAGUGGGCGACGAGCAGGGUACGCGAGACGUACUCCAGCGCCGAGCCCAUGAGCCCCGACGCGCGCCAGAGGAUCGUGUACGAGCUCAUCUCGUUCAAGGGACCGCUCACCGCUACAGUCACCGUGGGACCCGCGCCGCCCAAGCUGGCGAAGGUCGAUCAAAAGGACUGGAAGCCGCGGCAGGUGGCGGAGGGCGUGCUCGCGGACAGGGCGACGGGUCGUAUCGCCACCGGUCAGAAGGUUUCGCUGGCGGAGGUGGAGAGCGCGAAGAAGGAGAGCAUCGACGGGACAGAUUACGUGUACUACGAGUACAUCAGCCAGGGAUCGCCCAACCUGCAGGAGCGCGAGGCGACCACGUUCAGGCACUCCCUGGGGGUGACCGCGAUCAGGGGCGACUACCUGUACACCUGCACCUUCUCCUCGCCGGAGUCGUUCUGGGACGUCAACGCGGACGGGUUCGAGAGCGCCAUCCGAUCCUUCCGCCUGACGCCGCCGAACAAAAAGAAAUACCGCGAGCCAGGGAACGAGGGUCUCCUGCCCCCGCUCCCAUUCUAA